AUGAGUGAAAUUAUCGAAAUGUUGGGUUUUGGAUUGCAGGAAAUUAGGAGAAAGAGAGGGAUAGAAGGAAGAACAAUGGCGGAAUUGCUUAGAGAGAGAAUGGACGGUAAUGAUCGCGUUGUGAGACGACGAAAGAGUUUAACUGAACGGUUAGGAUUCACCGGAUCCAUUGCAUGUUGUGGGACCACUUUAUGUCUCCGACCAGCUUCGUUAAGUGUAAUGGACGAUGAAGAGGAGGAGUCGCUACAACCACCGCCGGAGGAGGCGGAAGUAGGCCGUGAAACACCGCCGGAAAUAGAGUCAGUUAAUAUUUUAUGCUUGGCUGAUCAUAUUCCUACGGGUUCCGGGAUGAACUUAGCGGCGGCUUUACUGGCGGAGCGUAAUUUAAGAUCGGCCCAAGAUUCUGAUGGAUCAGGCCCAAAUACAAGCCCGUUGAGAUCCAACGAAGAUGGGCCGGGUACUGGAGGAGGAUCGCCGUAUAGGGUGUCGUUGAUGAGAUUGUUAGAAGAAACGAACGGCUGGGAUGAGAAGGAAGAAUUAGGGGUGGGUAAUGAUACGGUGUGCUGCGUGUGCAUGGGAAGGAAAAAAGGAGCAGCAUUCAUACCAUGUGGACACACAUAUUGUAGGGUGUGUUCAAGAGAGCUUUGGUUAAAUCGAGGUUGUUGUCCCCUUUGUAAUAGAUCCAUUCUUGAAAUUCUCGACAUUUACUAAAGAAAAAAUUCAUGGAUUAUUGUGUUGAGAUUUCUC